UGAUUAUAUCCGGUAUAUUAUAUUCUCCCCACCAUACAGUUUCGUUGCUAGGCGACAAGUGUAAGCUAAUUUCCGGUUAAACUGAGCGCUGUCAAAUUUUGACAGAUACGUCAAACAGACUUGAUAUUCAUCUUCAAACCCUCAACGAAAGGGUACUUUUAAUUAAUUUAAUUUAAAAUCAGAUCCCAUAAUCAAUUUCCAGUACAAUCAAAUAAUUUAGUACAAUUCCGAGAUGAAUCUCGUUUCAGAGUGCGUACGUUAUUGGCAACCCUGAGAUCUGUAAAACAAACGAGAAGCGUGUGCGUAAACGUAAAUUAUUCCAAACGAAUUGCUUCUCCUUGACAGCGGCGGUUCGGUUCCGUUCGGUUUGUUGUUUAUUUAUUGUUAUGGCUCGAAAUUAGUGUUUAAUCCCAUAUGCAUUAGCAACAAUAAAAUUAGUAGAGGAGGGGGCAGUGCUUUAAAGUUAGGCCCCAUUUUCGCACAACCAUCAUCGUAGCAUCUAAUAGCACUUCACGUUCGAAUAAAUUAUUGAUCCACUUCAAAAACUUGGUCAUGAAGCUUUCCAGGGACCUAACAAACCUAUCGGCGUGCAACUUAAUCACUUUAGGAAGCCGCACGAAACAUUUCCUCCACUGUAUCCUAUUCCUAACGGUGCUCUGCUCAUUCCAGUACUUCUCAAAAAACUUCAAAGGUACAGAGGAGGAUCCCGCCUCACAGAUCGACCCCUGGGUGCAAUACGGUGUGUUUAGUGCUUGUGUUCUCUAUGCCCUUAGAUUCGUGACGUUUCUCUCGUUGCCCCAAGUGAUUUUCAAUGUGAUCGGACUGACAUGUUACAAUUGUUUCCCCGAAAAAGUGACAUUAAAAGGAUCCCCUUUGUUGGCCCCUUUUAUAUGUAUUAGGGUGGUAACCAGAGGAGACUUUCCUGAUCUAGUGAAGAACAAUGUCAAUAGAAAUAUGAAUAAGUGUAUUGAUGCGGGGUUGGAGAACUUCUUGAUUGAAGUGGUGUCUGAUAAGCCUAUCGGGUUGGAAGUUCACAGGAGAGUGCGGGAGUUAGUGGUACCUCCUGAUUAUCAAACUUCAACGGGGGCACUCUUUAAAGCCAGAGCCCUGCAAUAUUGCCUAGAAGACAAAAUCAACAUCCUCAGCGACAAUGACUGGAUAGUCCAUCUGGAUGAGGAAACGCUGCUAACCGAAAACUCUGUCAGAGGAAUUCUCAAUUUUGCAAUGGACGGCAGGCAUCAGAUCGGUCAAGGGCUGAUAACUUAUGCCAACGAGGAGGUGGUAAACUGGAUCACCACGUUGGCAGACAGUUUUCGGGUGUCUGAUGAUAUGGGGAAACUGAGGUGUCAGUUUUACUGGUUCCACAAACCCCUGUUCAGUUUUAAGGGGUCUUUUGUGGUUACGCAGGUGGCAGCAGAACGAGACGUAUCCUUCGAUAACGACCGAGACGGUUCGAUAGCCGAGGACUGUUUCUUCGCGAUGAAAGCCUUCAGCAUGGGCUACAGUUUCAAUUUCAUCGAGGGCGAAAUGUGGGAGAAAUCCCCGUUUACCUUCAUGGACUUUAUACAGCAGCGAAAGCGCUGGCUACAGGGCAUCCUGCUGGUGGUGCAUUCCAAAGCGAUCCCGUUAAAAUAUAAGGUGCUGUUGGGCUGUUCCUGCUACAGCUGGGUCACUUUACCGUUGGCCGUCAGCAAUAUACUGCUGGCUGCUUGGUUUCCUAUACCCUGUCCCCCGGUUAUGGACUUUAUUGUUUUAUUUAUAGGCGGGGUGAACGUUUACAUGUUCAUCUUUGGGGUGCUCAAGUCGUUUAACGUGUACAGGUUCGGGUUCGCGAAGUUCUUGUUGUGUCUCUUAGGGGCGGUGGCGGUAAUGCCUUUUAAUUUAUUAAUGGAGAAUAUUGCGGUCAUUUGGGGCUAUUUCGGGUAUAAACACAAGUUUUACGUGGUUAAUAAGAACGUCGGAGUACCGGUGACGGUUUAGAUUUUUUAGGAUGUUCGUAUUGGUCGGCAAAUGUUCAUUUUUUUUUUUUUAGUUUGUUUGUUUAUUUAUCUGUGAUAGUCAGUGCGGACACGCGAUCUCAUUUCUCUAUUUUUAAGGGUUUAGCGGUGCUUGCUGGCUCGUUAUAAGGGUUAAAAUGUGACGAGUAUGCGAAGCCCUCUUGCAUCACCAGCAAACUUAGGUAAUGUAAGUUAUUUAUUAUAAAUAUUAAUUAUUUAGUAAACUGAAUCAAUCUGAGAAUAAACAAACACUGGGACCAUUUAACCCAGGUUCUUUUUUAGCGCACACUAAGCUGCUGGCAGCUUAUCACAAUUUUAGGCAUGAAAUGUUUGUUUUAUUGUUUUUAAUUAUCAUAGAACGUUCUUUUUAAUUUAUCAAUUAAUUAUUAAAGAAGAAGAAAUUUGCUAAUAGGUAAUAUAGUCUAUUAUCAUAGGGUUGAAAUACAGUCAUUUUUAUGUUUCAAGUGAUUUUUAUAAGUUAGCAUAAUUUCUUUGCUAUUAAUGAUAGAAGUGUGAUUCAAAGAUUGACACGUGUAUUAUUAAAAAAUUUUGAGGAAUCAAUAGUUUUUGAGAAAAAAAUCAAGAUUUGUCUUUUU